CUUACCCAGCUCCGCACAGGCCACGCGGGCUUGAACGCGAACCUGAACAGAAUCGGCCUGUCCCCGACACCGAGCUGCCCCCACUGUGGGAUGCGAGAAACGAUAACGCACUAUGUGCUCCGUUGCCCACAGUACCGCUCCCUUCGCGCCGUUUUGCUUCAGGAAACGCGACUCGCCAACCCCCAGCUACGCUACCUCCUCAGCGUGCGCAGCCGCAAGAACGUUCCCGCCCUCCUCCGCUACGUCAAGGCCACGGGGCGCUUCGCU